AUGACUUACAUGCAGGAAGACCAUCCCCAGUUUGUGAAGGAGCCUGUCCAACACAUCAGUGCAGAGAUGGAGAAGGUGGUGGAUAUCCCCUGCCAGGCACGAGGUGUCCCCCAGCCAGACAUAGUGUGGUAUAAGGAUGCUGUGGUCAUCAGUCCAGUGAAGAUGCCCAGGUACAGGGUGUUAGUUGGGGGCAGUCUGCAGAUCAACGGUCUGUUACCUGACGAUACAGGGAUGUUCCAGUGCUUCGCACGCAACCUGGCUGGAGAGAUACAGACCAACACCUACCUCGCUGUCACCAGUAUUGCCCCCAACAUCACGGCAGGUCCAGCUGACAGUGCUGUGAUUGACGGCAUGUCAGUCAUCCUCCACUGUGAGACCAGCGGAGCCCCGCGACCAGCUAUCACCUGGCAGAAAGGUGAACGUGUGUUGGCCAGUGGUUCUGUCCAGCUGCCCAGGUUCACCCUACUGGAGUCAGGCAGUCUACUGGUCUCCCCAUCUCACCUCUCUGAUGCUGGGACUUAUACCUGCAUGGCCAGCAACUCCAGAGGCAUAGACGAGGCUGCGGCAGAUCUACUGGUGUGGGCACGGACCCGUAUCACCAAGCCACCUGCAGACCAGAGUGUCAUCAAGGGGACCAAGGCUGUCAUGUCCUGUGGGGUGACCCAUGACCCCAGUGUGUCUGUCAGGUAUGUUUGGGAGAAGAGUGGUUCAGUGGUGGAUGUGAGCACCUCUCCCCGGCUCCGUCUGGACCCUGACGGGACUCUGCACCUCUCCCAGACCUGGUCAGGUGACAUCGGAACAUACACCUGUAGAGUCACCUCUGUAGGGGGCAACGACUCACGCAGCGCUCACCUCAGAGUCAGGCAGCUUCCCCAUGCGCCAGAGAUCCCCAGUGCAGCUCUGAGCCAGGUAGAGAAGAGGGCCAUCAAUCUGACCUGGGCUCAGGCCUUCGAUGGGAACAGCCCCCUGAUCCGAUACAUCCUGGAGGUCUCAGAGAACAAUGCCCCGUGGACAGUGCUCCUGGCCAAUAUUGAACCGGAGUCGACCGGGGUGACCGUGGGUGGUUUGAUCCCAGCACGGUCCUACCAGUUCAGGCUGUGUGCGGUCAAUGACGUGGGCAGGGGACAGUUCAGCAAGGAGACUGACCGACUCUCUCUACCAGAGGAGCCUCCCAGUGCCCCUCCUCAGACGGUGAUUGCCAGUGGUCGUACCAACCAGUCCAUCAUGAUCCAGUGGCAACCACCCCCGGAGAGCCACCAGAAUGGACCGCUCCAGGGAUACAUCAUCAGGUACUGUCUGUCAGGACUACCAGUAGACUGUCAGAUGAAGAACAUCACCAGGCCAGAGCAGAAUAACCUACUCCUGGAGGACCUCAUCAUCUGGACUAACUAUGAGAUGGAGGUGGCAGCCUACAACAGGGCUGGGAGGGGUACCUACAGCCACAAGGUUACAGAGUGGACCCUGCAGGGAGUCCCCACUGUCCCACCAGGUAAUGUCCAGGCUGAGCCAUUCAACUCCUCUACAGUCAGGCUGACCUGGUCAGCUCCUAGCCCUCAGUUCAUCAAUGGCAUCAACCAGGGAUACAAGCUGUUGGCGUGGGAGGCGGGUCAAGAGGAGGAUGUUACCAUGGUGACAGUGAGACCUAAUUUCCAGGACAGCGUGCAUGUGGGCUACGUGACUGGACUGAAGAAGUUCACAGAGUACUACACCUCUGUCCUGUGUUUCACUACACCUGGAGACGGCCCUCGCAGCCCACCUCACAGACUACGCACUCACGAAGACAAGCCUGGUGCCGUUGGUCACCUGAGCUUUACAGAGAUCCUGGACACAUCUCUGAAGGUCAGCUGGAAAGAUCCCAACGAGAAGAAUGGAGUCCUCACAGGCUAUCGUAUCUCGUGGGAGGAGUUUAACCGGACCAACACCCGGGUCACCCACUACCUCCCUAACCUGACCCAGGAGUACCGGGUCACAGGGCUGACCGCCCUCACCACCUACACCAUCCAGGUGGCUGGGAUGACCUCCAAGGGACAGGGUCAACUCUCUUCUUCUACAAUAUCAUCUGGAGUUCCCCCAGAGAUGCCGGGCCCACCAACCAACAUAGCCAUCUCCAACAUCGGCCCCCGCUCUGUAGCCCUGCAGUUUAAACCUGGCUAUGACGGCAAGACGUCCAUCUCACGCUGGCAGGUUGAGGCACAGAUUGGUAUAAUCGGGGAGAAUGAGGAGUGGGUGAUGGUCCACCAGUUGCCCAACGAGCCUGAUGCCCGCUCCCUGGAGGUCCUGGACCUGAACCCCUACACCUCCUAUAGGUUCCGUAUGCGCCAGGUGAACAUAGUGGGGACCAGUCCUCCCAGCCAGCCCUCCAGGAAGAUCCAGACCCUGCAGGCACCUCCAGAUAUCUCCCCCUACAACGUCACCCUCCGAACAGCCUCAGAGACCAGCCUCUGGCUCCGAUGGGUGCCUCUUCCAGAGUGGGAGUACAAUGGUGACCAGGAAUUGGUGGGUUACCGGGUUCAGUACUCCAGAGAGACAUCUAAGGAAGGGGUCCUGUCCCACGUCAUCAGUGACCGGCUGGAGAGGGAGUUUACCAUAGAGGACCUGGAGGAGUGGACAGAGUACGAAGUCAGGGUUCAGGCCAUCAACGGCUUGGGCUCUGGGCCCUGGAGCCAGCCUGUCCAGGGCCGAACCAGGGAGUCUGUGCCGUCCUGUGGUCCCACCAAUGUGUCAGCCUUCGCCACGACUUCCAGCAGCAUCCUGGUCCGCUGGGGGGAGGUCCCUCAGACUGACCGCAACGGACUCAUCCUGGGAUACAAGGUGGUGUAUAAGGACAGGGGUUCAGACUCUGUCCCUCAGUACUGGGAGGUGGAGGGGAACACCAGCCACAGUGUUCAGUUGAGUGGUCUGGGGAAGUACGUGCUGUAUGAGAUCCAGGUUCUGGCCUUCACACGGAUAGGAGACGGCAGGAGCAGCAGGCCAUCCAUCCUGGAGAGGACCCUGGACGAUGUCCCAGGUCCUCCAGUGGGCAUCCUGUUCCCAGAGGUGAGGACCGGCUCAGUCAGGCUCAUCUGGCAGCCUCCUGCCCAGCCUAACGGCAUCAUCCUGGCCUAUCAGAUCACACACAGACGGAACACCUCCAAUAGCAACGCUGCCACUGUGGACGUGCUGAGCCCCAGUGCCCGACAGUAUACAGCAUCUGGACUGAAACCAGAGUCCGUCUAUGUGUUCCGCCUCACCGCUCAGACGCGCAAGGGCUGGGGAGAAGCUGCAGAGGCCCUGGUGGUCACGACAGAGAAGAGAGCGCGGCCCCAGCCAGCCAGCCGUCCCACAGUGCCCCAGGAGGACGUGCAGGCGCGCAGCGUGAUGUUGUCAUGGGAACCAGGUAGCGACGGCCUGUCACCUGUCCGAUACUACACGGUGCAGUACAGAGAGCUACCAGACAGUAACUGGACUGUCCACUCUGCAUCGGUCAACCACGAGGCCAGCUCCUACAUAGUGGACAGCCUCAAGCCGUUCACCUCCUACCAGUUCAGAGUGAAAGCCACCAACGACAUCGGGGACAGUGAGUACAGCCAGGAGAGUGAGGCUGUCACCACACUGCAGGACGCCCCAGACAAAGCUCCCACAGUCCUCUCUGUUACACCCCACACCACCACGUCGGUGCUGGUCCGAUGGGAGCCGCCUGCUGAGAAGCAGAUAAACGGGGUCCUGCUGGGGUUCAGGGUACGAUACCGGGAGUUACAAUACGACCGCCUCCGUAGCUUCACCAUACGAACCAUCAACAGCCCCGCCUCCAACUGGGCCGAGCUCACCGCCCCCUACAGUGUGAGGAACCUGAGCGAGUCCUCUCUCACCCAGUACGAGCUUGAUAACUUGAGUAAACACAAGCGUUAUGAGAUCCGCCUAAGUGUGUACAACGCCGUGGGAGAGGGGCCUACCAGCACGCCACAGGAAGUGUUUGUAGGAGAGGCAGUUCCAACAGCCCCGCCCCAAUCUGUGACCAUCCAAUCAUCAACAGCCACCCAGCUGGAUGUCACAUGGAGCCCGCCUCCUCUUGACUCUCAGAAUGGAGACAUACAGGGGUACAAGAUUUACUUCUGGGAGUUCCAGCUGCAGAAUGAGACAGAGAGACUGCGUACCAUGUUCCUCCCAGAGCUAGGCGUCAAGAUUAAGAACCUGACUGGCUAUACCACAUACAUGAUCAGUGUAGCAGCCUUCAACGCAGCAGGGGACGGACCCCGGAGUCCCCCGACCAGGGGCCGAACACAACAGGCUGCCCCCAGCAGACCCAGCUUCCUCCACUUCAGUGAGCUGACCACCACGUCAGUCAACAUGUCGUGGGGAGAGCCAGGCCAGGCCAACGGCAUCAUCGAGGGCUACCGCCUGGUCUACGAGCCCUGCACACCUGUUGAUGGUGUUAGUAAGAUAGUCACAGUGGACGUGAAGGGCAGCACCCCCCUGUGGAUGAAGAUUAAGGACCUGGCUGACGGGGUGACCUAUAACUUCAGGAUCCGGGCCAAGACCCUCACCUACGGGCCGGAGGUGGAGGCUAACAUCACUACUGGACCAGGAGAAGGAGCCCCAGGCCCUCCAGGUGAACCCUUUAUCUCCCGGUAUGGCACGGCCCUCACCCUACACUGGACCAGUGGAGACCCAGGCCGAGCUCCCAUUACACGCUACGUCAUUGAGGCCAGGCCCUCUGAUGAAGGACUGUGGGAUAUCCUCAUCAAAGACAUUCCAAAAGAAGUGACAUCAUACACACUGAACCUGGACAUGCUGAGAGAAGGGGUUACUUAUGACUUCCGGGUCAUUGGGGUCAACGACUACGGCUAUGGCUCCCCCAGUGCUCCUUCACCCUCUAUCUCUGCCCAGAAAGUGUCUCCCUUCUAUGAAGAGUGGUGGUUCCUGGUGGUCAUCGCUCUGGUGGGCCUAAUCUUCAUCCUCCUCCUCGUCUUCAUCCUCAUCAUCAGGGGCCAGAGUAAGAAGUACACCAAGAAGGCUGACUCAGUGUCCUCUUACCCCCACCUAGGGAGCCACAGUAACAGCACCUCCCUGCCCCUGUCCCAUGGGGAGAUGGUCAGGCUGGACGAGGGCCGUUUCCCCGCCCUGGAACUCAACAACAGACGCCUGUCAGUCAAGAACUCCUUCUGCCGCAAGAACGGCAUCUACACACGGUCUCCCCCGAGGCCCAGUCCAGGCAGUCUACACUACUCUGAUGAAGAUGUCAGUACCAAGUAUAACGAUCUGAUCCCUGCAGAGAACAGCAGCCUGACUGAGAAGCACUCUGAGAUAUCAGACUCACAGGGCAGCGACAGCGAGUACGAGGUGGAUCAGAACCGGGGCGGGCAACAGAAGACACACUCCUUCGUCAACCACUACAUCAGUGACCCCACCUACUAUAACUCCUGGCGCCGCCAGGAGAAGGGCGUCUCUCGCCCCCCGGCCUACGGAUAUACACAGCCAGAGCCGCUGCACCCCCAACCCCUGGCUGAGCAAGAUCCCAUCCAGCCCACCACCAACACCACCCCGAGACACCCUCCACCCCUGCCCCCACUACCCCCCCUGCUGCCCCGGGCCCUCUCUCCAUCCCCCCAGCCCCAGGGCCUCCAGGGGCUCCGUAGCCAAGGGGGUCUCAUCCAGGGUCUGGCACCCCAGGGUCAGGGCACACUAUUCAGGCCGAAGGGCAGCCGGACUCCCACUCCCUCGCUGCUGUCCUGUUCUGUGUCUGAACCCCCCAGCCAGCACGGGACCCUCCUGUACAGCAGUAGGCCUCCAAGCAGCUUGGGCUGUUCCUCCACCCAGCAGCCUCCUACCGCGGGCUUCUCCUCUUUCGUUUGAACCAUGUUUAACACACUGCUCCCAGUAGGAACAUACAGUGGGGCAAAAAAGUAUUUAGUCAGCCACCAAUUGUGCAAGUUCUCCCACUUAAAAAGAUCAGAGAGGCCUGUAAUUGUCAUCAUAGGUACACUUCAACUAUGACAGACAAAAUUAGAAAAAGAAAUCCAGAAAAUCACAUUGUAGGAUUUUGUAAUGAAUUUAUUUGCAAAUUAUGGUGGAAAAUAAGUAUUUGGUCACCUACAAACAAGCAAGAUUUCUGGCUCUCACGGACCUGUAACUUCUUCUUAAAGAGGCUCCUCUGUCCUCCACUCGUUACCUGUAUUAAUGGCACUUGAUUGAACUUGUUAUCAGUAUAAAAGACACCAGUCCACAACCUCAAACAGUCACACUCCAAACUCCACUAUGGCCAAGACCAAAGAGCUGUCAAAGGACACCAGAAACAAAAUUGUAGACCUGCACCAGGCUGGGAAGACUGAAUCUGCAAUAGGUAAGCAGCUUGGUUUGAAUAAAUCAACUGUGGGAGCAAUUAUUAGGAAAUGGAAGACAUACAAGACCACUGAUAAUCUCCUUCGAUCUGGGGCUCCACGAAAGAUCUCACUCCGUGGGGUCAAAAUGAUCACAAGAACGGUGAGCAAAAAUCCCAGAACCACACGGGGGGACCUAGUGAAUGACCUGCAGAGAGCUGGUACCAAAGUAACAAAGCCUACCAUCAGUAACACACUACGCCGCCAGGGACUCAAAUGCUGCAGUGCCAGACGUGUCCCCCUGCUUAAGCCAGUACAUGUCCAGGCCCAUCUGAAGUUUGUUAGAGAGCAUUUGGAUGAUCCAGAAGAAGAUUGGGAGAAUGUCAUAUGGUCAGAUGAAACCAAAAUAUAACUUUUUGGAAAAAACUCAACUCGUCGUGUUUGGAGGACAAAGAAUGCUGAGUUGCAUCCAAAGAACAUCAUACCUACUGUGAAGCAUGGGGGUGAAAACAUCAUGCUUUGGGGCUGUUUUUCUGCAAAGGGACCAGGACGACUGAUCCGUGUAAAGGAAAGAAUGAAAGGGGCCAUGUAUCGUGAGAUUUUGAGUGAAAACCUCCUUCCAUCAGCAAGGGCAUUGAAGAUGAAACGUGGCUGGGUCUUUCAGCAUGACAAUGAUCCCAAACACACUGCCCGGGCAACUAAGGAGUGGCUUCGUAAGAAGCAUUUCAAGGUCCUGGAGUGGCCUAGCCAGUCUCCAGAUCUCAACCCCAUAGAAAAUCUUUGGAGGGAGUUGAAAGUCCUUGUUGCCCAGCAACAGCCCCAAAACAUCACUGCUCUAGAGGAGAUCUGCAUGGAGGAAUGGGUCAAAAUACCAGCAACAGCGUGUGAAAACCUUGUGAAGACUUUGUGAACGUUUGACCUCUGUCAUUUUAACAAAGGGUAUAUAACAAAGUAUUGAGAUAAACUUUUGUUAUUGACCAAAUACUUAUUUUCCACCAUAAUUUGCAAAUAAAUUCAUUAAAAAUCCUACAAUGUGAUUUUCUGGAUUUCUUUUUCUCAUUUUGCCUGUCAUAGUUGAAGUGUACCUAUGAUGAAAAUUACAGGCCUCUCUCAUCUUUUUAAUUGGGAGAACUUGCACAAUUGGUGGCUGACAAAACACUUUUUUGCCUCACUGUACAUCCCAGAGGUCUCUUUUUAUCCCUCAUUCACCCUAUAGAGCUGACCCUGAGCCCUACUGGGCUAGCUAGCCCUCAUUCACACUAUAGAGCUGACCCUGAGCCCUACUGGGCUAGCUAGCCCUCAUUCACACUAUAGAGCUGACCCUGAGCCCUACUGGGCUGGCUUGGAUAGUUUCUUUUCACAUGAUCCUGUCCAGCACGGUUCCAUCUACUAUAUUGGAUGUGUAACCUGGCCAGCCCCGUACAGCUCGCUUUGGCUCAUAGUGAAAAGGGGAAUAUUUUGUUGUAGUUGGUUUUACUCGCGUUUACAUUUUUUUCUGCUUGUUUCUUAAUGACAACGAUAUUUAAAGGUGUUCUCUCGAUAUUAUAGUAAACAUUACAGGCAUCUUGGAAAAGUAUUUUCGCUCUCCUGUGUGUGUGUGUGUGUGUGUGUGUGUGUGUGUGUGUGUGUGUGUGUGUGUGUGUGUGUGUGUGUGUGUGUGUGUGUGUGUGUGUGUGUGUGUGUGUGUGUGUGUGUGUGUGUGUGUGUGUGAAAGAGAGAGUUAAAUUUCUCAAAAAAAAGACAAUCAUUCAGAAUGUUUCUGAUGCUUGGCACAUUAAUAAUAGUAAAUUUACACGACAGCCACGACACGUGAACCAGGAGAUGAGUAUUGAAGUCUUUAUGAACAAGAGAGCAGUACCACGCCACAAAGGAUCAGCAGACUGUAUCUUACAGAGAAUGACACAAAACACAAUGAAAGGGAAAAACACUCCAUGUGGGCUGGAAAUAUGAACCAGGGACGAACUUAAGAGACAACUGUUACAGGACAAAUGACUUCUGGUUCCACGACAGUCAAUCAGCUACAACGGCUUCAACACCUUCCAUACUCUCCUCACUUAAACCCAAAACAUUGUUGCUAUUUUAUAUGUACAUAUGUGAUAUGUAUUUUGUCUUCAUUUUGUGGAACCGAUAUUUAUUUCUUAAUGGUAUCUAUAUCAAUCACUUCUGUAAUGGUAAUGUUAUCAAUCUCACUUUUAAAAAAGUAUUGCGUAAUGUAAUCUGUCUGCUUACAGCUACAGUACAUUCCUCUGCAACUGCAGAACGUUGAAUGUGGUUUUUCAACGCUUUACAAUAUGAUUUCGGCUUUAAUUCCACGUAAACAUGCAGAUAAAUACCCACGUUUGUUGUAUUGUAAUAUUCAUUUUGACCCAAGUAUGAUGGGACAUUUCAAACGGGAUGGAAACGUUUGGAAGAAGGUCCCUGAUCACAUCCAAGGUCCAUCAGAACACGUUGAUCGCCUGUGUUGUUGUGGUGCUGAAACUCACUGUACACAUCAUAACCACAUGAUCAUGGUACUACUGCAACAAUAAAUCACCUGUGUUGUUGUGGUG